AGAAGAUGAAGAUCUUACUCAUAGUCAUGCUCUUGGCCGCUUGAGCUUUAUGCCAAGGCGGAAACUCCAGGUUUUAUAGUGAAGAAGAAUUGGUAGAGAAGAAGGGAUUCAUUGCUUGUCAUAAUUUGGGAAGGGUCAAGGCAAUGGAGAAUUAUAUGGAGAUCUCUCAGACUGAAACAAAUCUUGCAGCAGGAAGCAAUACAGUUGCUUGGAGAUACAUGAUUGAUGUGAUUCAUACUUGUCUUAACAAGGUAUCUGAGGCUGAUAAGGAUACUAUUUUCCAAUACUACCAGGAUGGAGAGGAGCUCCCAGACAUCUCAUUCCUCUCUAAUGAUUUGUUCAUAAAAAUAUCUGAGGCUUUCAAAUCUGCAGAAGAUUUACAGAUUCCAGAAGAUCAAAUGGAAACCAAGGACAAAGUCUCCGAAAACGCUGAUAAAUUCAGAGCUACAUUCGAGAAAAACAAGAAGAAAGCUAACAAGGCUCAACAAGGCUUGCACAUCCUCGGAUUCAACGUAGACAACCUCAGCACAGGUACUAAAGCCAUCUACGCACUCAUCAUCAUCGGAACAAUAGGUUUCUUCCUUCUUAAGGCAACCUCAGUUUUGUUCAGAGAGGACAACGCUAACCCAAAGCAUCAAAGACCAAAGAAGAAGGGAAGUAAGGGAAGGAAAAAGGCUAAAACCACCUAAUUUUAA